CCUUCCACUUACACAUCUCCCCCUAAUAUUACCUCAAAAUGGAUGACUGUUGUCUUUUUUUCCUGCCUGCCCGUGUUUAGCCGGGAGAUUAGAGCAAUCAGAUUAGGCGUGCUGCUGACCUGGAGGCAGAGGAGAGAGUGAGCGGCUUCGAGACAAUACGGAGCUCCUCCACCUGACUUAAUGUCGUCCAUGAAUUCAGCUUGUUGGUGAACUUCUUUCUCUAGAUGAUUGUUCGACUUUUAUCUCAUUCAGGAAGAGACUGGUUUGUGUGACUGCAUCGUGAGUCUGGCUCUGAGUCUGCAGGACGAGGCUCGUCAGAGUCUGAUGACCCCCUCCAGGGGUUGACCUGCAGAGUAAUGAAUACAGGCUCUCAAAUCCGUCUGUUACUCUGGAAAAACUGGACCCUUCGCAAGAGACAGAAGAUCCGCUUUCUGGUUGAGAUCUUCUGGCCAGUGUUGUUGUUCAUUGGUCUGGUGUGGUUGAGGAAAGCCAAUCCUCUGUACCAACAACAUGAGUGUCAUUUCCCCAACAAAGCUAUGCCCUCGGCAGGGAUUCUACCCUGGAUCCAGGGGAUCUUCUGCAACGUCAACAACCCUUGUUUCAGAUAUCCAACCAGGGGAGAGUCCCCGGGUGUCGUCUCCAACUACAACAACUCGGUAUUGGCACGGUUUUAUGCGAAUGUGCAGGUCCUUCUACUGAAUGAGACCGAAGUUCAGCAGCUUGGCCGGCUCUGGCACCAAAUGUCCUCCUUCUCAAACUUCAUGGACACUUUACGCAACAACCCAUCUAUGGUUUCAGGCAGAGGGUUGAAGGUAGAUGAUAUUUUGAAAGACGAUGAGCUGCUCACAGCCUUUCUGUUGCGAGACGUCGGCCUCUCCGAGUCCAUCGUCUACCAGCUCGUCAACGCCCAAAUCCGACUGGAACAGUUUGCCUUUGGUGUCCCGGACCUGGAGUUGAAGGAUGUAGCCUGCAGCCAGGCCCUGCUGGAGCGUUUCAUCAUCUUUCCCAGUCACAGGGGGCUCCACAGCGUGCGCAACGCCAUGUGCGCCCUCAGCCAGCAGCAUCUGCAGAGGAUCGAAGAUGUGCUCUAUGCCAAUCUGGACUUCUUCAAAAUGUUCAGACUGAUGCCUCGGGUUAUGGACAACAGAUCUGAAGGGAUUGACCUGCACUUCUGGGGUCGGGUUCUCAAGGCAGCAUCGGAGAAGAUCCAAGUUUUGCUGCAGCGGGAAAGCUCCCAGGAUCUCCUAAAUGCACUUCUCCCACUCUUUCAAUCCGGUGGUUCUUCCUCCUUCACCCAGCUGAUGUCCAGCGUGUCCAACCUGUUCUGUGGUUACCCCGAAGGGGGUGGAUCCAGAGUUAUGUCCUUCAACUGGUAUGAGGACAACAAUUACAAGGUCUUUCUGGGGGUCAACGGAACCAAGAACUACAACUACGUCUAUGAUGACGCUGCAACUCCGUUCUGCAAUGCCCUGAUGCAGAGCCUCGAGUCCAACCCUGUCACCAAAAUCGUGUGGAAUUCAGUCAAGCCCCUGCUGAUGGGAAAGAUCCUGUACACCCCCGACUCCCCUGCCGUCCGCAAGAUAUUAAAGAGCGCGAACACAACGUUCGAGCAGCUGGAGCGGCUCCAGAACAUGGCUAAAGCCUGGGAGGAGGUGGCACCUCAACUAUGGACUUUCUUCCACAACAGCAUUCAGAUCAACAUGAUCAGGGACACGUUGAGAAACCCGACAGUGAUGCACUUCUUGGACAACAGCUUGAAGGACUCUAACUUUUCCACCGCCCACAUUCUUAACUUCCUGUACAACGGUCCAGAGGAGCGGCGAGAGGAGGACAUGCCCAACUUUGACUGGAGGAACAUUUUCAACCUCACUGACCAGGUUGUGCGCAUCUUCAACCAGUACGGAGAGUGUGUCAGUCUGGAUAAGUUUGUGCCGAACACAGACGAGGCCCAGAUGAUCCACCAGGCUUUGUUCUUGCUGGAGGAGAACAAAUUUUGGGCUGGUGUGGUCUUCUUGGACAUGUAUCCCUGGACCACGAGUGUCCCCCAACAUGUCAAGUACAAGAUCCGCAUGGACAUUGAUGCGGUGGAACGCACCAACAAGAUCAAAGACAGGUACUGGGAUCCAGGUCCCAGAGCAGAUCCCAUGGAGGACCAGAGGUACAUCUGGGGAGGCUUCACCUACCUGCAGGACAUGAUCGAACACGGCAUCAUCAAGCUUCACACGGACAGCAACUGGCCGCUCGGAGUCUACAUCCAGCAGAUGCCGUAUCCAUGUUAUGUCGAUGACGUCUUCAUGAUCACGCUGAAUCGCUGCUUCCCGAUGUUCAUGGUGCUGGCCUGGAUCUACUCUGUGUCCAUGACCGUGAAGAGCAUCGUGCUGGAGAAGGAACUGCGGCUUAAGGAGACUCUGAAAGCCAUGGGGGUCAACAGCGGAGUCAUCUGGUCCACCUGGUUCAUCGACAGCCUUGCUAUGAUGACAGCGAGCACAGUGCUGCUCACUUCCAUCAUCAUGGGUGGGAAGGUGCUGAAUUACAGUGACCCCGUGCUCGUCUUCUUCUUCUUGCUGGUUUUCACCGUCUCCACCGUCAUGCAGUGUUUCCUGAUGAGCGUCUUCUUUAACAAGGCCAACCUGGCGGCGGCCUGCAGCGGCAUCAUCUACUUCACCCUCUACCUGCCCCACAUCUUCUGCUUUGCCUGGCAGGACCGCAUCACCAAGAACAUGAAGCUCGCUGCAAGCUUGUUGUCCCCGGUGGCGUUUGGUUUUGGCACAGAGUAUCUGUCCCGGUACGAGGAACAGGGUUUGGGUCUCCAGUGGGACAACAUCCAAACCAGCCCCUUAGAAGGAGACACCUACUCCUUCCUCACGUCCAUCCGCAUGAUGGUGCUCGAUACCGCCCUCUACGCUGUCCUGGCCUGGUAUCUUGAUAACGUUUUUCCAGGAGAAUAUGGGAUUGGUCGGCCAUUUUACUUUCCGUUCCAACCGUCAUACUGGCAAAGGCCGAGAACCGCACACCCAGAAAUAACGGAUCCAGGUCCAGAGAAACCUGAAGCAGAAAACCAGGAGAAGGACGUAGAGAAGUUUGACAGUCCAGAGAAGCACGCCUGUAACGGCUCAGCCAGCAAGAAAACCUGCAAGCACCAAAGUAAAAGACAGCGAAUGGAGAGAGAGAAAGAGAGGAUGAGACGACAAGAAAGUCCAAUUCAGGAGGAGGAGAGUCCUGAAACCAGAAAGGAAGGCCAGUUGUUCUUUGAGCCCGACCCAGUUGACCUGGUGCUGGGGGUGCAGAUCCAGGACCUGGUGAAGGUCUUUGGUGGACGAUCUCGUCCUGCAAUCAACUGUCUCAACCUGAAUUUUUAUGAGGGCCAAAUCACAUCCUUCUUGGGACACAACGGAGCUGGAAAAACCACGACCAUGUCCAUCCUGACUGGUCUGUACCCUCCCACGUCUGGCACUGCUUACAUCAACGGACGAGACAUCAGGACUGACAUGGACGUCAUCCGCACCUCUCUGGGCAUGUGCCCUCAGUACAACAUCCUCUUCAACCAUCUGACAGUGGAGGAGCACAUUCUCUUCUAUUCUCUGAUGAAGGGACGGACUCAGGCGGAGGCAGAGACAGAGGUGGAAGCCAUGUUGGAGGACCUGGCUCUGCCGCACAAGAGAGAUGAUGAGGCUCAGAACCUCUCAGGUGGUAUGCAGAGGAAGCUCUCUGUGGCCAUGGCUUUUGUUGGAGGGUCAAAGGUCGUGAUCCUGGAUGAGCCCACAUCAGGAGUUGACCCCUAUUCAAGAAGAUCAAUUUGGGAUCUUCUACUGAAAUACAGAACUGGGCGGACAGUGAUCCUGUCCACACAUCACAUGGACGAGGCCGACCUGUUGAGUGACCGCAUCGCCGUCAUCUCGAAAGGACAGCUCCACUGCUGCGGAUCCCCGCUCUUCCUCAAGAACUGUUUCGGAAUCGGGUUCUACCUGACGCUGGUACGCCGCAUGAAGGAUCUGAGGAGGAAGGAGAACGAUUGCGACUGCACCUCAGAUUGCUCCUGCGCCUGCUCCAUCUGUACCAAGUACAAAGACGAGUCUCAGCACCAGCUCCAGCAUCGAGACAGAGUCCUGGAUGGGGAUGUCGACAGCAUCACGAGGCUCAUUCACCACCACGUCCCUGAAGCCAAACUGAUUGAGAUGAUUGGUCAGGAGUUGACAUUUCUGCUCCCCAAUAAGGGCUUCAAGCAUCGGGCCUACGCCAGUCUGUUCAGGGAGCUGGAGGAGAUGCUCGCCGACAUGGGCCUCAGCAGCUUCGGCAUCUCUGACACCUCACUGGAGGAGAUAUUCAUAAAGGUCACUGCAGAUGGAGAAGCGGCGCAUAAUGCCACCACCCCUGAACAGUGGAUGUUGGAGCGACGGAAAAAUGUCAACAAAGUUGGUUCAGAGGUCAAUAAAGAACCUAACCGGUUGACGCCGACCCACAACGCUCCCGACGGCGCAUCCGACAGCAGCGCCGGAAAGGGUUCCAGGCAAGUGAAAGGGGCCGUGCUAACCCUGAAACAGUUCCAUGCUCUGCUUGUCAAGAGGCUCCACCAUGCCACACGGAGCCACAAAGACUUCCUGGCACAGAUCGUCCUGCCUGCUAGUUUCGUCCUCAUAGCUCUGUUCUUCACCUUGAUUGUCCCUCCAUUUGGAGAAUAUCCCAGUCUGACUUUGACGCCGUGGUUAUACGGGCAACAGCUCAUCUUCUUCAGUAACGAAAAACCAUUUGAUCCCAAGAUGAAACACUUCGUAGAACAGUUACUAAGCCGUCCAGGCCUGGGGACACGCUGCAUGGCACAAGACCCGUUACAAAUGUCUUGUGGUAACAGUACCUCGCUGUGGGGGUAUCCUGAUGUCUCCCCUGAAGUCAUCAGCAUCCUGCAGAGUCCUGAGUGGAACCAGAUGAACCCGUCUCCAUCCUGUCAGUGCAGCAGCUUUAAGAAGCUGACCAUGAUGCCCAUCUGUCCGGCCGGAGCCGGGGGCCCGCCCCCUCGGCAACGGAUCGAGCUCACAGGAGACACGAUGCUGGAUCUGACCAACAGGAAUAUUUCUGACUAUCUGGUGAAAACAUAUCCGGGUCUCAUCAGAACCAGUUUGAAGAGCAAGUACUGGGUGAAUGAGCAAAGAUAUGGAGGUCUGUCGGUCGGAGGACAGCUUCCCAUCCUGGACGUCGACCCCAGAACCAUCCAGAAUGUUUUCUACCAACUCGGAAGAAUGUUCAAUGUGACGGCGGGCUACUACAGUAGGCGCACGCUGAAGGAGAUCGGUACUUUCUUGCAAUACAUGGAAAGUGAAUUUAACGUAAAGGUGUGGUACAACAACAAAGGCUGGCACGCCAUGGUGGCCUUCCUGAAUGUGGCCAAUAACGCUAUUCUGCGAGCGUUCCUCCCUCCAUCCGCCAAACCUGUGGAGUUUGGUAUCACUGCCAGCAACCAUCCUCUAAACCUCACCAAGGAGCAGCUGUCAGAGGUCACCGUUUUGACCACUUCUGUGGAUGCAGUGGUGGCUAUAUGUGUCAUCUUCGCCAUGUCCUUCAUCCCUGCCAGUUUCAUCCUCUACCUCAUCCAGGAACGCGUGACCAUGGCCAAGCACCUGCAGUUUGUCAGUGGGGUCAGCCCUGUGAUCUACUGGGUGGCCAACUUUUUCUGGGACAUGAUAAAUUACUGUCUCAGCACUGCAAUGGUCGUUGGCAUUUUCAUGGCUUUUGACAAAAAGUGUUACACGUCAUCGUCCAACCUGCCGGCGCUGAUCACUUUACUCCUGCUGUACGGAUGGUCAGUGACGCCCAUGAUGUAUCCCAUGUCCUACUUAUUCAGUGUCCCGAGCACAGCGUACGUGUCGCUGUCCUGCAUGAACCUCUUCAUCGGAAUCAACAGCAGCGCCAUCACCUUCAUACUGGAACUCUUUGAAAACAAUCGGUCUUUGCUGAUGUUUAACGAGUGGCUGAAGAAAUGCCUGCUGAUCUUCCCUCACUUCUGCCUUGGACGGGGCCUCAUAGACCUCGCAAUGAACCAGGCUGUUACUGAUGUUUAUGCCAGAUUUGGUGAAGAGCACAGAGUGGAUCCUUUCCAGUGGGACUUUGUGGGGAAGAAUGUUGUCUUCAUGGCAGUGGAGGGCUUCAUCUACUUCAGUUUAAAUCUCCUCAUCCAGUAUCACUUCUUCUUGAACCACUGGUUGUCGGACUACAAGCUGCCUCCAGUAAAAGACGAAGACAGCGACGUGGCAGCAGAGAGGAAGAGAAUCUACGAUGGAGGCAGCAAGUCCGACAUUUUGCUGGUCAGAGACCUUUCGAAGACGUAUGUGGGCAGGAAGAGGGCGGCUGUGGAUCGGAUUUGUGUGGGCGUGUCUUCAGGAGAGUGUUUCGGCCUCUUGGGAGUGAACGGAGCUGGAAAAACAACAACCUUCAAGAUGCUGACUGGUGACACUGACGUCACAUCCGGGGAGUCCACUGUGGCUGGUUACAGCAUCCUAACAGAGAUUCUGGAUGUGCACCAGAACAUGGGCUACUGCCCACAGUUUGAUGCCAUUGAUGAGCUCCUGACCGGCAGGGAGCACCUGUACCUCUACGCUCGUCUCAGAGGCGUCCCUGAGUCUGAGAUCGCUCGAGUGGCACAGUGGUGCAUCCAGAAGUUGGGUCUGGCAGAGUAUGCUGGCUGCUGUGCGGGGACGUACAGUGGAGGCAACAAGCGUAAACUCUCCACAGCUAUUGCAAUGAUUGGUUGCCCAGCACUGGUACUUCUGGACGAGCCAACGACGGGAAUGGACCCCCACUCUCGGCGUUUCCUCUGGAAUGCCAUCAUGAGUAUUAUUGAGGACGGCAGGGCUGUGGUGCUAACGUCACACAGUAUGGAGGAGUGCGAGGCCCUUUGCACUCGACUGGCCAUCAUGGUCAAUGGGACCUUCAAGUGUCUGGGGACCAUACAGCACCUCAAAUACAAAUUUGGUGACGGCUACAUCGUGACCAUGAAAAUCAAGGCAGCUAAAGCGGGCUCGUCUCCAGAUCUGCGAUGCGUUGAGAGCUUUAUGGAGAGCAGCUUCCCCGGCUGUGUUCAGAGGGAGAAACACUACAACACGCUACAGUACGAGAUCGCCUCCUCCUCCCUGGCCAGGAUCUUCCAGCUGGUGGUGGCCAAUAAAGAGAAGCUCAGCAUUGAAGACUACUCUGUGUCCCAAACAACACUGGACCAGGUGUUUGUUAAUUUUGCCAAACAGCAGUUAGGAGAGGACGAGGACGUGACGCUCCAUCCACGAACUAUGGGAGCUCAAAAAGACAACAAGGUCUUACCAGCAAAGAUGAAAACUUAAAAAUGAACAGGACAAAACCUCUGCACCUGUUGACCAGAUGUUAAGCUCUAAAAGCCAUUUGCUGGAUUUUAUUAACCACAUUUCUUGGCAAGGCUGUGUUAGUGUUACUUUUUUACUUUUACAACAGAAGCAGAUGGAAGAAAAGCCACCAAAUGUAUUCGUAAAUGGCACUUCUGUUCAUUUUGAUGUGCACACUUUUGAGCAAGGCACUUUACCUGGAAUAUAAAACACAAAUUUAUAGACUGGCUUUCAUGAAUAUGCACGUUUCAUUUAUAAUGAAAAAGUAGUAUUUUUUUAAAGAAAAUCUGCAGUAACACUUUCAUUUUAUGUAAUAUAUAUUGUAAUUCACCAGGUGGCGCCAUUUUAUGAUUGCUAUUGUACAGUCUCUCACUCUUGAUAUAUAUCGUGUGUGUGUGUGUGUGUGUGUGUGUGUGUGUGUGUGU